AUCUCUUAGUAAAAGUGUAACCUUGUUUCGGUAAACAGUUUUGACAAAGAAAAAAAUAUUAUGACUUUUUAUUUUGUGUGACAAAUAUUUUAUGUUUGUAAGCUUACUUGUACAUAUUAAUUAAUACAAGUGUUUUAAUUUAAGCAACGUGAAAGAAAGAACAUAUUUAUUUUGAAGUUUGAUUGGGAUACUUAUAAUGUAUAAUGUCCGUAAAAUGUAUAAAGCUUAACGGUUCUGAAACAGCGAUUACUUAUUUUUUUGUUUAUGAGCAAAAUGAAACAGUAUUUAUUUAUAUUUAAUUGUAAAUAAAUAAAACAAAAAUACAAAGUCAAGAUGAACAAAUCCAGAUUCUCCAUGUUAUUGUUGGAGCCAGGAGAAAUAUAUUUUGAGGAUUAUUCCUGUACAAUGAGUGAUAUAUCAAACUUAUCUAAUACAAUACAGGGUAGAUUAAAACUUUGUUCAAAGUCUCUUAUUUUUGAGCCAAGAGAGUGGAUUUAUCCACUUAUUAAAUUAUAUUUUAAAGAAUGUAUUGAUAUAAAUGUAAAAACAGAUGGUGGUGAUGAGAAAAGUGCUUUAAAUAUAAGAAUUAAGCAAUACGCUGAGAUGUUAGAAGAGAAUAUACUAGCACCAUAUAAAUUUAAAUACGAAUGUAAAGAGUUCCGUUUUAAUUUUGAUUUUGUGUCUGCUGAGGAAUGUUUGAGCCAGAUGCAACAAUUACACAGAGCAUCAACUCUCCAUGCUCCCGAACAUAACAGUAUGGUGGCAACUAUCCAACAUUCUCGUUAUACGAGGAUGACGUUUGAUCCCGUUAUGAUGGAUGAUUUUACAGAAAAAAUUAUUGAGGAAUUUCAAGCUGAAAAAAUUUCACCAUUAGUAAGACACCAAGGCAAAUUAGCACUCACUUCUACAACCUUAUAUUUCCAACCAUUCAGCAAUAUCGAAUGUAAUGCAAUUCUAAAAAUGAAAUUAAGCGAGCUGAGCAGGAUAUAUAAAAGGAGAUUUUUAUUAAGGCAAGUUGGCCUUGAAAUAUAUGGUAAAGAAGGUACUGCUGUGUCUCACAUAUAUCUUGUAUUCCAAUGUGAGGAUGACAGAGAUCUGGCGUAUAAAACUCUAGAAGAAUCUCCAAAUGUACACUUGGAGCCCGUUCAUGUCGAAGAAAUGACACUCCAAUGGCAGAAUGGAAUUGUAUCUAAUUAUGAUUAUCUGAUGUAUCUCAACUGUCUCGCUGACAGGAGUACAAAGGACUUAACACAAUACCCUGUAUUUCCUUGGGUGGUGGCAGAUUAUACAUCAGAAACAUUAGAUUUAGAUAAUGCAGACACAUUCAGAGAUCUCACUAAACCGAUGGGCGCUUUGAAUCCUGAUAGAUUGGAGAAAUUACUAGAAAGAUUCCAUGAAAUGUCUGACCCGAAAUUCUUAUAUGGAUCUCACUAUUCAGCUCCCGGCCUUGUAUUGUUUUAUUUGGUAAGGAAAUAUCCACAGUACAUGUUGUGUUUGCAAAACGGAAGAUUUGAUCAUCCGGACAGAAUGUUCAAUUCAGUGAAGGACGUUUAUAAUAAUUGUUUGAAGAAUAUGUCGGACUUUAAGGAGCUCGUGGCGGAGUUCUACGAUACAAGCGCAAAGGGAGAUUUCCUAGUUAAUAUUCACGAUAUAGAUUUCGGGGAGCGCCACGACGGAAACAAGGUCGCGGACGUGGCCUUACCCCCGUGGGCGGACACCCCAGAACAGUUCGUACACAAACUAAGACAGGCCCUCGAAUGCGAUUACGUGUCCAGAUACUUACACGCCUGGAUUGAUCUCAUAUUUGGUUACAAGCAACGCGGCGAGGAGGCUGUCAAAGCUAAUAAUGUAUUCCACCACGUGUGCUACGAGGGCUCCAUAGACUUGGACGUGAUAUACGACAUGAACGACAGACACGCGCUCGAAGUACAGAUCAUGGAGUUCGGCCAGAUACCGAAACAGCUGUUCACUAAGCCUCAUGUGAAGAGAAUACCACAGCAGAUAAUAAAGCCGCUGAACACGAAGCCGACCAGUCAUAUAGAAUGUAUUAAAACAAUAGCGUUACACAAGGAGGCCGUGACCUGUGUGAUGAGAGAGAGAGACAGAAUCAUAUCGGUCGGUAAAGACGGUACUUUGAAAGUGUACGACGUUGUCCAGGAUAAGCAGAUACGCAGCGUCAUACUGUGCGGUACGCCGCUGAGUUCCUGUGUUAUGGUGGACGAGCAUAUAGUAGCUGCUGGUUCGUGGGACAAUGAAAUAUAUUUAUACGAUGUAGAGUAUGGCCGGGUUGUUGAGAGUUUUAGAGCUCACGAUGACUCAGUAAGCUGUCUUCUGUGGCUACCUAAAGAGCGCGUGUUGUUGUCUGGUGGGUGGGACGCCGUAGUACGUGCUUGGAGGCGUGCGGGCGCUGGGCUAGCGCUCCGCGGACUGAGGGCGGAGCUCGACCACGACGGACGAGUCACCGCCUUGGUCGUCAGGUACAGGAAACACUACUUGGACAUAUUAUCUGGGACCAGCGACGGCGACGUCUACCUCUGGGAUUACUCCACCAAGGAGUUGAUUAAUAAGAUCACGGUUCAUCCCUCGCCGGUCGCCGGCAUAUGUCUGUUGUCAGAGGAGAGAAUCGUCAGCGCCAGCGAGAACGGUGACUUGAGCGUCACCGAUCUGAAAGUUUUGAGUUCGGUGUACGAGAAGCAGGUGUCGUCAACCCUGAGGGCGGUGUGCUCGGAAGGUGACCUGCUGUGGGCGGGCGGGGCGGGUUUGCUGCUGCAAAUGGACAUGCUCGCUGUAAAGCAACUGGGGGAGUAUGACGCUCAUCAAGAUCUGAUCAGGUCCAUUCACUACGAUGCAGCCUCGAAAACCCUCACAACGGCUAGUGAUGAUAAGUCAAUUAAAGUCUGGAUAAUAACAUGAUAGUUUUUAUAUAUUUUGUAAUCUGUUAGAUAAAUAUCAAUAUUAUUGUACUAUGAAAAAGUAUUUUACAUUGUAUUAAAUUAUAGACAAUAAAAUAUAUUGAAAAUGUU